GUGAGCCAACACGGGAGUUUCAUCGAACUGCAAAAAUGGCUCGAAAUGCAGAAAAGGCCAUGACGGCCUUGGCGAGGUUUCGACAGGCCCAGCUCGAGGAGGGGAAAGUCAAGGAAAGAAGACCGUUCCUGGCGUCGGAAUGUAACGAGCUGCCAAAAGCUGAGAAGUGGCGAAGACAAAUCAUCAGUGAAAUUUCGAAGAAGGUAGCACAGAUUCAAAACGCUGGUUUGGGUGAGUUUAAGAUCCGUGACCUUAAUGAUGAAAUUAACAAGCUGCUCAGAGAGAAGGGACACUGGGAGGUUCGAAUCAAAGAGUUGGGUGGACCAGACUAUGGGAGAAUUGGACCUAAGAUGCUAGACCAUGAGGGCAAAGAAGUACCUGGAAACAGAGGAUACAAAUAUUUUGGUGCUGCAAAAGACCUCCCUGGAGUGAGAGAGCUAUUUGAAAAAGAGCCUGCCCAGCCACCCAGAAAGACACGAGCAGAACUGAUGAAGGACAUUGAUGCUGAGUAUUACGGCUACAGAGACGAGGAUGAUGGAGUUUUAGUGCCCCUGGAGCAGGAGUAUGAGAAACAAGUCAUUGCAGAGGCGGUUGCCAAAUGGAAAGCAGAGAAAGAAGCUCGGUUGGCGGGUGGGGGAGGGGUAAAAGAGGCAGAGGAGGAGGAGGAGGAAUACAUAUAUGCUGUUAAAGAUGAUGAGCAAUCGGAUGACGAGACGAGAGAUCAAAUGGAGGGAGAGGAUGGGGCGCAGACGUUUAUCGCUCACGUUCCAGUGCCAUCACAGAAAGAGAUAGAAGAAGCUUUGGUUAGAAGAAAGAAGAUGGAGCUGUUGCAGAAAUAUGCCAGUGAAAGUCUGAUGGCACAGAGUGAAGAGGCUAAAACCUUACUCGGCUUGUAGUGUCACCUGCCUCGGAUGCUUUUGUCCACACAGCUGGUUUUUGAGAGUCAAUACGCUCGUGAAGUCCUGCUGCCCACAGACCUCGACCGUUACUAUUCCUCGAGACCAUUUUUCAAAGUGCAAGAAAUAAAUAGCAGAUUGUCCAGAGUAGGUUAUGUGAAAACCCUUGUCAUUUUUUAAGAGUAUCCUUUGAGCUGUUGCCAUUGGUAAAAGUGCAUUAAUUAAUCGGGGUAAAAGUAUUUUUUAACUGAAGAGUGAAUUUUUGACAAACAUUUGAUGAAUUCACUGACGUUACCAUAUUGUGAUUUGACAGCAAGAUGAACAAGGAAACAUCUAGAAUUCUUUUUAUAUUGUGGU